UUUAUGCUUCAGGCUUCAUUGGUGAGACCUGUUCUGGAUUGGCCGUCAAGUAGCUUAGCGCAGCUAACUGUCUUUUCAGCUUAGCCCUUCUACCUGACAGCUUCAAUCGCUACCCUCUUGUCUUACAAAUCUGUCUGCUAUAAACAAAGGCGGGAAGUGCAAAGUGAAAGAGGAUUUUUGAAGUACCGAUCAUCUUCCAUGGAGGAUCAAAAUACGUUUGAUUCCGAUUUGAUUCACGCCAUUUUCAAGCUUGUAUGGAACAGAAAAUCUAUAGAGCGUGAGAGAAAUGAAGGCACUAACAAUCUAGAUAGCGAGGUUGGAGCUGGAACCUCAAAAAAGAAUCGGUCAACUACAGCUAGUGCGAAUGCUCUAAAGAUGAGCUCUGAGCUUCUUCGGCUCUUCGUUGCAGAAGCCGUGCAGCGUGCUGCUACAAUUUCUGAUGCUGAAGGUGCUAGUAAAAUAGAAGCAACUCAUUUGGAGAGGAUACUCCCACAACUACUUCUGGAUUUUUGAGGUACUUCGGAAUUCUUUCUCUCACAUCCCCCUCUGAACAGUAAAAUCCUUGUCUAGAUGGUAUGCCAUGCUUAUUACUGCCUUGAUAUCUCCCCCAUAUAGUUUUCAAACUCAAGUUUCUUGUGCAAUGUUCUCACCCAAGGGGAAAAAAUUAUGAAGGACUUGCUAUAAAAUGUAAGAACAUAUAUAUAACCAGCGAGUACUAACGACUUCGUGAGUUAAUUUACCAUGAAAAAGAUCAUAAUAUCUUCUGCAA